AUGGCAUUGGCUCAACCUUGGAGGAGUGCCGCGAGGACUUUGUCCUGGACUCGAGUCGUCCCUCCCCGGGCGCGACAAGGGGCAUUGCUGCGCCGCGGAUGGCAGACCAGAUGCGUCCAGAUUCGCGCGGCGCCUGCGGAGGAGCCAGCUACCGUCAAUGGCGACCAUCUUCCCAUCUCCAGCACUCCUAGCUCUGCUGAGUCUGCUGGGUUAACAACUUUGGCAUCAACACAGGUGGUUUCUACAUUGAGCGUUCUAGAACCCUUCCGGAGGGCUGUCGUCGGCGUGCCAUUCCUUUACCAGAAGGUUAGGCUGGUCUCCCCAGGAUUUGAGCAAAUGAGCCUUGCCCACUGGGGUAGCUCCGAGGUCACAGGGCGGGGUUUGUUAGCGUUGGUCGGUAACGGUCAACUAUACUCCGUGGAGCUCAAGGCUGGAGAGCAAUACAUCGUUCACCCGAGCAACGUCGUGGCCUACAUCAUGUCGUCCAACCCCCCACGCCCCUAUCGCUUCAAGUCUACGACCCUGAGGUUCCAGGUCCCGGGUCUCAAGAGCCUCCCGGCCUUUAUCCAGAAUUCCAAGUUCAUUCAGAACAUGUCGGAAUCGAGUACUUGGAAGUCGACAAUGAGAAUUAUGCACACGAUCCGUACGUGGUCUCGGAAGACCAUCUGGGGAGAUCGGCUGUUUCUGCAAUUUGAUGGACCCUCGACCAUUCUUUUACAGACCCGCGGUCCUCGUAUCAAUGAGGUUCUGACCUCACAUGAAGUUAACGAAAUCGCCAGUGCCCCUAGAGGCUUGACCAUUGGCCCGGCAAAGCCUACUGAGGGAAAGCACCAGCCAGCAGACGAAUAUGUGAAGGCUGCUGAAGAAGCUGUUAAUGCUGGACCAGGACCGCACAGAACUGUGGACGAAUUGACCAAUGAGCUCAAGGGCACGGAGCAGAGCAUUGCAACCCUAACGAAGGAGGGCAAGGUCAUUAUUGAGAAGAUCAUAGCGCCCGGCAUCCAGACAAUAGCUUGUGUCCGACCACACCCCACGUGA